UUGAAUGCGACGUGUUGUGGAGUUGUCUGCUGACAAGUGGCAUAUGUUUGGAUGCGAUGUCGUCGGCUAAAGAAGCCAAUUUAAGCGCUUUGUAUGCCGAAUUGAAUAAAUUCGGUCAAAAUGGGGAGUACGAACGUGCUCUGAAGGCAGCAAACAAAAUUCUCUCCAGCCAGGCAGAUGAAGAGAAAGCAUUUCAUUGCAAAAUUGUGAGCCUUAUCCAGCUUUCAAAGUUCAAUGAUGCCUUAGGAUUCAUCAGUAAAAAUCCUAAACUCUCAAGUGACCUUACAUUUGAGAAAGCAUACUGCCAAUAUCGACUGAAUCAACCUCAAGAAGCUCUGAAGACAGUUAAUUCAGAGCAGCAGCUCAGUGUGAAGUUAAAAGAAUUGAAGGCUCAAAUUUUAUAUCGCCUUGAACAGUAUGAGGAAUGCUUUGAUGUUUAUAGAGAUAUAAUUAAGAACACCGAAGAUGAUUAUGAAGAUGAGCGUGAGACCAAUUUAUCUGCUGUGCUUGCUAACCUCUGCAUUGAGGGCUCUGAAAAAGAACUGCCUGCACUUAGGGAAACCACUUAUGAACUUGUUUAUAACACCGCAUGUCAGUUGAUUGGACGUCAGCAAUACAUAGAGGCAGAAAAGAAACUGAGACUAUCUGAAAAAAUGUGCCGAGAGAUGCUGGAAGAGGACGGAUCAACUGAGGAUGAAAUUGAAGAGGAACUGGCUAUCAUCCGGGUGCAGCUUGCAUAUUGUUUGCAAUUGCAAGGCCGAGAAAAGGAAGCUCAAGGAAUUUAUACGGCUGCUCUUAAGAGGAAACCAGAUGACAUUAGCUUAGUUGCAAUCGCCAGCAACAAUAGUGUGGCUAUCAACAAAGAUCAAAAUGUUUUUGAUUCAAAGAAAAAGAUGAAGAGUGCUUCAAGUGAUGGCCUAGAACACAAGCUGACCUCAAGGCAGCGGAAAAAUAUCGCUGUGAACCAAUGCUUGAUGCUAUUGUACACAAACCAGGGUGACCAAUGUCAGAAACAAUGUGAGCUAGUCUCAAGAUUGUACCCUGAUUUGACUGCUGACCUCUCACUUGUCCGUGCUACUCAACUGGCAAGGGAUGGACGAGCUCGAGAAGCAGCUGCUAUACUGGAGAAGGCAGCAUCAUCAUCUCCUACGCAAGAACUCGAAAUGAAACUGGCAUCAGUUCAACUCCUCCUUGCUCAGGGAGAUCGUAAGGAGGCUUGCAACAUCCUACGAAACUUAGGUGACUCCACUUUCAAGCCAGGCAUAGUAAGUGCUCUGGUAACUCUCUACCUGGCUGAUAAUAAUCGAGAGGGAGCAUCCAAUAUUCUGCGAGAUGCUGUUGAAUGGUAUAAGCGAAGCAAGGAUAAGGGUGACCUCCGUCUCCUUUGGAGACAGGCUGCUGAUCUUAACAUGAGAAGUGGUGCACCGAACAUAGCUGCCCAAAGCUUAGAAGAGCUUUUGAAGCUCAAUCCCGACAGCACAAAAACUCUUGCGCAACUGGUCAUUGCUUAUGCUCAGUUCGACCCAGCAAAGGCAACUGCCUUAAGUAAGAAAUUGCCUAACCUGGACUACCAAGGCCAAGAUGUGGAUGCUCUAGAAUCCUCUAAUUGGAUAAUGGGCACCAAGGUAAUCAAAAAGGCCACCAAGGUUGAGCCUUCUCCUGGAUCCAAAGCAGGAACACCUGGAGAUGAGUUGCUGCAGAAGAAACUUAAAAAGAAGAAGAAGAGGAAAGGAAAGCUUCCCAAACCCUACGAAUCAGGUGUUUUACCUGACCCCAACCCAGACCGCUGGCUUCCCAAACAUGAACGACCAGGAUACCGCAAGAAAAGAGUUGAUCGCAGGUUUAGGGACGCAGCCAUUGGAAAGGGAACCCAGGGUACUGCUGCGGGAGCAAGUGACAUGUAUGACAUGUCAAAAGUUUCUAAUCAGUCCAAGGCAUCACCAGCUGCUACAAGCCCUAUUGUGGAGCCAGGACCACGCCAGCAGCAAAGGAAAGUGCAACAGAAGGGAAAGAAGAAGGGAAAGGGUAAAUGAUGAUGCCAGUCUAGGCACAACAAUUAAAGACUUAUUCUCCGUGUUAAACAACAUUUUGCUCACUUUUCAAAAAGAAAGUUUUGUUACCAGUAUUAUCCAUAACAUCUCCAACACAUGUUUUUCUCAGGUACUAAUAACUUGAAUUUGUUUAGUGAGUGCAUAUUUUUGUAAUAAGAAUCUAGACUGUAUCUUCUUAUAGUAUACUUACCUUCAAUGAUGAACUAUUAUUGUAAAUUUAAAUCAUGUUCAUGUUAUGGAUGCGGAAAAUUGAAGGAUUAAAAUUUCUCAGCAGAAUGGA